CAAGAACUCAGCUGGGUUGGCUUCUACUUUCUUUUGACAACAACGAAUGUGAACAAUGCUCACAUCGUGACUUACAGCUUAUUUUUUGGUGCCUUGUUAUUGUCUUUAAAGUUUUAAAUAUGGAGCCGUCGGCGCCGAAAAGCAAGCUGAAGAAGCUGAGUGAAGACAGUUUAACCAAACAACCAGAGGAAGUUUUUGAUGUUCUAGAGAAACUAGGUGAAGGUUCCUAUGGCAGUGUGUUCAAGGCCAUCCAUAAAGAGUCGGGUCAAGUGGUGGCCAUCAAACAGGUUCCUGUGGAAUCUGAUCUGCAGGAGAUCAUCAAAGAAAUUUCCAUCAUGCAACAGUGUGACAGCCCUUAUGUAGUCAAGUAUUAUGGCAGUUACUUCAAGAACACAGACCUGUGGAUUGUCAUGGAGUACUGCGGAGCUGGUUCUGUCUCUGACAUCAUUAGACUGCGCAACAAAACGCUGACAGAGGAUGAGAUUGCCACCAUCCUGAAAUCAACACUAAAAGGGCUGGAAUACCUUCAUUUCAUGAGAAAGAUCCAUCGGGAUAUCAAGGCAGGCAACAUACUUCUGAACACGGAGGGACAUGCCAAACUGGCAGACUUUGGAGUGGCUGGGCAACUAACGGACACUAUGGCAAAAAGAAACACCGUGAUAGGUACACCGUUCUGGAUGGCACCAGAAGUGAUCCAAGAGAUUGGCUACAACUGUGUGGCUGACAUGUGGUCCCUUGGCAUCACUUCAAUAGAGAUGGCAGAGGGCAAGCCCCCCUACGCUGACAUCCACCCCAUGAGAGCCAUAUUUAUGAUUCCCACCAAUCCACCUCCAACAUUUAGAAAGCCUGAACUGUGGACAGAUGACUUCACAGACUUUGUCAAAAAGUGUCUGGUCAAGAAUCCAGAGCAGAGGGCGACUGCCACACAGCUCCUACAGCAUCCGUUCAUCAGCCAAGCCAAGCCAGUCACCAUCCUGAGGGACCUGAUCACUGAGGCCAUGGAAAUGAAAGCGAAGCGACAGCAGGAGCAGCAGAGAGAGCUGGAGGAGGAAGAUGACAACUCUGAAGAAGAGACUGAGGUGGACUCUCACACGAUGGUGAAGUCUGGCUCCGAGGGUGCAGGGACCAUGCGUGCCACGAGCACUAUGAGUGAUGGAGCACAGACCAUGAUUGAACACAGUAGCACCAUGUUGGAGUCAGACUUAGGAACUAUGGUCAUCAACAGUGAUGAAGAAGAAGAGGAGGAAGACCAGGGAUCAAUGAGGAGAAAUGCCACUCCUCAGCAGCCUAUACGUCCAUCUUUCAUGGACUAUUUUGACAAACAAGACAACAAGGCAUCCCAGCAGCAAGAGAAUUACAACCAUAACCAGCCACAGGAGAAGCCCGGCUACCACAUCCAGUCCAAGAACAUCUUCCCCGACAACUGGAAGGUGCCCCAGGAUGGAGACUUUGACUUUUUGAAGAAUCUGGAUUUUGAGGAACUGCAGAUGCGCCUCAGUGCCUUGGAUCCCAUGAUGGAGCGGGAGAUUGAGGAGCUCAGGCAACGCUACACCGCCAAGAGGCAACCAAUCCUAGAUGCGAUGGAUGCUAAGAAAAGGCGACAACAGAACUUUUGAGGGCUCUUUUGUGCCAGGUUUUCACCUCCACUGGGACUGUCCAAGAUACCACUACCAUAAAAUAGACAGGUGACAAAUUAAAAGAAAACACAAUAUAAAGGGGUCUAUGCUGUUCCCAGUGCAAAGCAAAGUGGGACACAGACCAAGUGUCAUUGCUGUUUUCCACCUGAUGCAGUUGUCAUUUUAAUGCCCGACACGCUGUAAUUCACAAUAACACUUUCACCCAAGUGAAAGUGUUGGUCUAAAAGUUGAGGUGUGAUUUGCUGCAGAGGUACUGUGUUGAUAUUGUCCAUCACUAGAAAGUGUUUGGUCUUUAGACCACUAAAUAACCUGGUCUAAAGUCCUGAGCUGUGUAGUACCUUACAAAGAGCACGCCAGUGAGACAAGGUUUACCUACGCUGCUUCAUGUUGCAUGUACACCCUGCUUUCUGGUACAUGUCAUUACCAGUCAUCUGUAACAGUUUAAUAUUAAUAUGACAACAACUAUUAAAUACUAGGGGACCUCACUUUACUGCUUCACCUCAGCUUUGGUGGCCGCUGUCAGCUUUGACAGGUCGGCACUAAUCUGUUAAUGUAGCAGAAUCCUUUCACUGUCCACUUCUUCAGUAGCACAGUGCUGUGUACCUGGUGCACUCUGGUUUUGGUUUCAUUUUGUUUGUUUUUUUUAUGGUGGUGGAGUGCACCAUCUUAAGACUUUGGCCUAAAUGCUCCCAUAAGGUAUGGUUGAGAUGCGGUGAGUGUAAAGGCCAUAAUGUACGAUUGACCUGAUUUUUUUUUUUUUUUACCCAUCAAACUGUUCAUUGACCUCUCCUGCCCUGUAGAUGGGUAUAUUUGUUGUGUUUCUCUGCUCCUGUGUUCAGGUUUUUCUUUUAAGUUGUCACCCGUCUGUAUGACCCACUGACAGUGAAGAGCUAAGAAGACCUUGGUGGUGGUGUUGGAAGCUCACUGGGGUUCUGAUGCAACUUGGUCUUCAUGGUUGUAUGUGAAAUUGGAUGGUUCUUUUCCUGGGUAGCAUCAGUUUGGGCUGCUGUAAUCCAGUCUCACAAGUCUUUGUUGGAGUUUGUCUAAGUUGUACUACUCCCUUUUAUUUUCUGGACAUACUUAUUUCUAUGAUUCCUGUGAAGUCCUCGGUGACCAGCACACUUUUUCCUCUCAUAUAUUUCAACAAUGUAAAUAUAACAGACUUAAGCAAACGGUGUGGCGGUUUGUUCCUGACCAAAGACAAUCAAGGUGAUGCUGAUUACUGGUAAGAUGAGAAUGCCUUAAAAUAUCUGAAAGCUGGUUUAGACAAAAGAAAUGUAAUAAAACAAGUCACAUGGUGCAUAAAUUUGUUUCAUCACUCAGAAUGAAGUGGAUUAAGAAAAGAUGGAAAAAUGACUGCGAUAAUCUGGAUGUGUAGAAGAAUGUGUGUGUGCAUGUUCUGAAUCAUGCAUGGUGCAGAAAAAUAUUCAGACCCCCCCCUCAGGUGUUUGCCGCGCGGUUCGACACCUUCAGUGUGCUGUGCUUCAUAGCAGCUCCGCUCCAUGUUUAUCUGCUGUGAGCACACGCUCGAUAGCCGCUCAUUAUGAACGUUAAUUUGACAAGGAAAUGAAGCAAAAUGUGGUGCAGAAAUUCAUUCCAAUGUUGGCAUAAAUCAUCUGAUGCCCUUUUAUAUAUAAACAAAAUCAUUCCAAAGAAAAAACUGUGCUCAAAGAGAUUGUUCCAACCAUGCUGGAAUAAAUUUCUCAACAGGAAUUUAAAAAAAUGCUUUACAAAGGUUUAAAGUGGAGAAGAAGAUGGUGAACAGGUUAGGGGAGAAAAAUAAACAGCAAUGUUUAACCUGUUGUAUGACUGUAUCCAGUGCGGGUUCAAAUCAUUUAUAACACUUCAACACACGUUAUUUUUUUUUCUUUAUUCAUUUUCCCUGCAGCUUGUUUUUGUGUUUCUGCAGUCAUAUGUGAUAAUGUGUUCCAUUUUGCUGAUGUGGAGGCUUGAUGUCAUUAAUGAAAGAUGUUCUGAUGAUGCUUGUACACUUUGUGUGUUGGGACACAAUCUGAUGGCUUUAAAAGCUGCGUUACUGCUGUGCUGUUGCUAAAGUAAAGUUAAAAGUUAUGCACACACAAAAAACAUGCCAUUAAAAACCAUUUGGAACAAACAUCAUGUGUGGCUGUGGGAUGUUCUGUGUUAAUAAUAGAAAGAAUCAUGAUGGUCCUUUAUAAUACUAAAUGCAUUGUUCUGUUACAUAUGAAUGCUGAUAUGCAGUUUUGGCUGUUACAUUGUUGUGGAUCUUUUAUCUGAGCAUCCAGAAUUAACUUACAUUUUUAAUGCACAAAUCCAAAUUGUAUUGGGUGAAAUAUCAUCUUUGAAUGAAUAUGUUUGUGGUUAUAUGUGUGUGUGUGUAUAUAUAUAUAUAUAUAUAUGUUUUUCUUUUUGGUACCAUUAAUCCUCUUAUCGAUACUUGUCAAAUUAAGGCCAUGCUGAAGUCUGCAGAAGGCCUCCAGCUUCCACACAAACCUUCACUCUAUUAUGUGUUAAUGUUUCUUUUUGUCUCACUGGUUUAGAUUUGGCUGUUAAUAAUUUUGCAUCGUGACUUUAUUCAUCCUUGCCCUAGUCUAUGCAUGUUUCUGUUUGAGAUGUAGUAAAAUGCUGUUGUUAUUAACCAAGUGUAUAAGAAUAGUGUUGACAGAAGCUGAAUUUGUCAGCAUUUAACAAAACUCUUUCUUUCUGUACAAUAAAACGUGGUGAGGAUCUGCCAUAUAUUGUAAAAUGUUUUGAUAUGAAAUCAUUUGUGAAUAGCAAUAUGAUUUUUCAGUUAUUUCUGCAUUAUAAUGACGAGAGCGUGCAUAGUGGAAUGUAAACCUGUGCUUGAAUCAUUUAAUUUAUCUUUGUAAUACUUUAUAAAAUUUUGAUGAUAUAUAAAUAAAAGUUGCAUACAGUUAA